UCUAUAAAUACGAACAGAGGAGUAUCUUUUCUCCCCGGUCCGGCUUGCAGGUAAUCGGUUGGCUAGCUGGGUCGCUUCUUCUUCCCCAAACCAACAAUGGCGUCUUCUUUAACUUCCUCCCUCCUUUUCCUCUGCGUCCUCGCCGCUCCACUUUUUCCUUCCAAUGCUUACCCCACAUACGGCAGCCGUCACCCCCACCCCCACCCCCACCCCCAGUCUGCCUCUCACAACUACAGAGACGCCCUCACUAAGUCCAUCCUCUACUACGAGGGUCAGAGGUCCGGUAAACUCCCCCCUAACCAGAGAGUCACCUGGAGGAGAAACUCCGGCCUUUCCGACGGCUCUGCCGCGCGUGUUGAUUUGGUUGGAGGGUACUAUGAUGCAGGGGACAAUGUCAAGUUUGGCUUCCCAAUGGCAUUCACAACCACAAUGCUGUCAUGGAGUGUGCUAGAGUUUGGCGGCCUCAUGAAAGGGGAGCUCCAAAAUGCAAGACAAGCCAUUCGCUGGGCCACUGAUUAUCUCCUGAAGGCAACCGCUUAUCCCGACACCAUCUACGUCCAGGUGGGAGAUGCAAACAAAGACCAUGCUUGCUGGGAGAGGCCGGAGGAUAUGGACACCCCGAGGAGUGUAUUCAAGGUUGACAAGAACAACCCCGGGACGGAGGUUGCUGCCGAAACUGCUGCCGCUUUGGCCGCUGCAUCUUUGGUGUUUAGAAGGUGUGACCCUUCAUACUCCAAGAUCCUCGCCCGGAGGGCCAUAAGAGUGUUUGCUUUCGCCGAUAAGUACAGAGGCUCUUACAGCGAUGGGUUGAAAAAAGAUGUGUGCCCCUUCUACUGUUCCUUCUCUGGAUAUGAGGAUGAGCUAUUGUGGGGAGCUGCAUGGCUGCACAAGGCCACAAGGAACCCGGUGUACCUGAACUACAUUCAGCGCAACGGGCAGACCCUGGGGGCAGGGGAGACCGACAACACCUUCGGGUGGGACAACAAACACGUCGGAGCCCGAAUCCUUCUCUCCAAAUCAUUCCUGGUUCAGAGGAUCCAGACCCUCCACGACUACAAGGCCCACGCCGACAACUACAUCUGCUCGCUCAUCCCCGGCACCCCCCUCUCCCAGGCCCAGUACACCCCCGCCGGCCUCCUCUACAAGAUGAGCGACACCAACAUGCAGUACGUCACCUCCACCGCCUUCCUCCUCCUCACCUACGCCAAGUACCUCACCUCCGCCCGCACCUUCGUCAACUGCGGGGGUGUCAUUGUCACCCCGAGGAACCUCAAGGCUGUCGCCCGCAAGCAGGUGGACUACUUGCUGGGCGACAACCCGCUGAGGAUGUCGUACAUGGUCGGGUAUGGCGCACGGUACCCGCUGAGGAUCCACCACAGGGGAUCCUCACUGCCUUCCGUCGCUGUGCACCCGGCCAAGAUUCAGUGCGACGUGGGGUUCAGUGUGAUGAGCUCCAGCGCACCGAAUCCCAAUGUUCAUGUGGGGGCGGUCGUGGGCGGGCCGGACCAGCACGAUCAUUUCCCGGAUCAACGGUCGGAUUACGAGCAAUCGGAGCCGUCCACUUACAUCAACGCGCCACUUGUCGGAGCCUUGGCUUAUCUCGCUCAUUCUUGUGGACAGCUCUAGGCUUCUAGCUGAUUUGCUGUCUUUAAUUCGUGAUUAUUAUUAGUGGUCCGUAUUAUUAUGAAUUAAUCAUUAUUCUUAUGGAUCAGUGUUUGUAGUUAAGUAAGUAAUUAAUGUGUAUUUGACGGGUGGUGCGUUGGGCGCGAGGCACAAAGGAGGCUCGACCCCUAACCUUUGACCGUAUUGAUUGAGGUCACACCGUUUUAUUAUUGUGGAAUGUGGACUAGUAGGGUCUGUAUGUCAUGUGGAGUCAUCUCUUUACCAUGUUUCUGUACUGUAUUUGGUUAAUGAAAUGGGGAUGGGCGAAAUUUGUCUGAAAAUUCUUAAGUUUUGUACACGUCUCUAUAUUUCAUCUGCAUCGUUAUAUUUUUUUUGAAAGUAAGAUGACACCU